GGCCAUGGGAGCUGCAAGCUCAAAACAGAAGACCAAGGAUCCCAAUGACAUAUCUCUGAGCCUCAGAGGUCUGUAUGGCUAUCAGAAUGUGGUGAUCCACACAGCCCAGGUCCUGGGCUCUGGAUCCUAUGGCAAUGUGGUGAAGGCAAGACUGGAUAAAAUGCCAUGUGCUGCUAAAAUCCUCCAUCGAGUCAUCGUGGACUCCCAGGACCCUGGACUCUCUGACUUCAUCUCUCGAUUUGAGCAGGAGUGCCAGAUCCUACGAGACCUCAAACACCCCAACAUUGUCCAGUUCCUAGGUGUGGUCCAAGACCCU